CCCCGCUCAGCGUUUCUUUUGGAAGAAUUGAGGGGACGGACGCAGAGGAACAUCAUGGAGGGAGAUUUGAGUUGUUUCGUGUAGCAGCAAUUCGGACGCAUUUUUUAGGAGUUAUCGGUACAGCCUCUCAAUGGAGCUCGAUAAAGACAUCCAGACGAUGCAAAGAGGAUUUCACUGCAGCCUCUGCGUCGUUAAUAUUCCCAACAAGCCAAGCCUGGAAGAUCAUGUUAAAGGAAAGAAACAUCAGCAUCUCCUGCGGCUCAGAGCUCAGCGCAAAGCUCAGGAGGAGAACGGUGUGUUUGUGAGUGGCUUUAAACCAGACACGUCUCAAACGGAUCUAAAGGAGUAUUUCACACAGUUCGGGCCGGUGUCAGAUGUGAUCAUGGACAAGGAUAAGGGUGUCUAUGCUAUAGUUGAGUUCUCCGAGCCACAGAACGCUCAGGCAGCUCUGGCACAGCUACAGCAUCAGCUCAAUGGUCUCAAGCUCCGAGUCAAGCCCAGAGAGAGGAAAGAGUUCAAACUGGCAAGCAAGGGGAAACGAGACUCCAAAAACACCCAGAUCAGCCUGGACAAACUCAACCUGGAGAUCUGCAAGGCUACAUCUGUAAAUGAGCAGAUGCAGAAGGUGGUGGAGAGUUUCGAGUUGAAAGACAAUGAGAAGAAAGUGAGAGAUCUUCUAGUUCAGCUGCUGCAGGAAGUCUUCACAGAGUUCUUCCCAGAUUGCCAAAUUGUGCCUUUUGGCUCCUCUGUGAACACAUUUGGGAUCCACUCCUGUGACCUUGAUCUGUUCCUCGACCUUGAGAACACCAAAGUAUUUCAAGCUCGUGCCAAGUCUUCUGAAGUGGAGACAGGCGAAAAUCAGUCUGAGGAUUGCCGUUCUGAAGAUUCGAUUUUGUCUGACAUUGACCUGUCCACUGCCUCUACUGCUGAAGUCUUGGAGCUGGUUGCAGUCAUUUUGAGGAAGUGUGUUCCAGGCGUGCACAAAGUCCAGACGCUCAGCACUGCCCGACUACCUGUGGUCAAGUUCAGUCAUCGAGAGCUCAACCUCCACGGAGACAUCACCAUCAACAACAGAUUGGCAGUGAGAAAUACUCGAUUUCUACAGUUGUGUUCAGGCAUUGACUCCAGACUGCGGCCCUUGGUCUACACCAUCCGAUUAUGGGCCAAGCAGAAACAAUUAGCGGGGAACCUGUCUGGCCCUGGACCGUUGUUGAAUAAUUACGCUCUUACACUGCUGGUGAUCUUCUACCUUCAGAAUCGAGACCCUCCUGUGCUUCCCUCUGUGAACCAGCUCAAAAACAUGGCCUGUGAGGAAGAAGAGUGUAUUAUUGAAGAAUGGGAUUGUACAUUUCCUAGUCAGCCAUAUAGUGUACCCCCCAGCAAAAACACUGAAGAUCUCUGCAAUUUGCUUUCUGGAUUCUUCACCUUCUACUCUAAAUUUGAUUUCUCUGCAUCAGUGGUGUCUCUGCGAGACGGCCAUGUGCUGCCUAUCACAGACUUCCUCCAAAUUGAUGACGAAGCGGCCUCUGAUUCCAAACCAAGGCGCUCCUCUGCCCCUAAACUGGGGCCUAUGAAUGUCCUGGAUCCAUUUGAGCUAAACCACAAUGUGGCCGGGAACCUUAAUGAACGAACGCAAAAGAAUUUCAAGAGGGAAUGCUGUGAGGCUGAGAAGUACUGCCGCAGUUUGCAGUAUCAGCGCAAAUCAACCAAGGGCAAAUCCUGGGGCCUCGUGCGGCUCUUUGCACUGCCAUGUGAAUCUGGACCCCGUUCACAGGUCGGGACUGAGAAGGUAAUGGAGGUCAGCAUCCCCUUCAAGGCCGCUAUUCUCCCAGAACCCUUGCGUGCCCAACUGGCUUUGGCUGGGAAUGGUUUUAGAGGUCUUUGGUUUGCAAAGGUCUGCUCUGCUGUGCACAUGGUGUUUCAAGAUAUUUUAAAAUGUUCACCUUUAGAGGAAACUCAAGCUGCAGCUGUUUGUCAAAAUCUGGACAAAACCGACAGGGAUGAAAAUGAAAUGGAGGUGAAUAAUAACCGAAGUGUCGAAGAUUCUGGUCUACAAGCCAAAAGUGAAACUGGUAAGAAGAGACCUCUUACAGUGGAGGAGGGUCCAUCAACCUCCACCGAUGUACAAGCUAAAAGACAGAGACUAGAAGCUGAUUUGGAGCACCCAGAGCCAGUCCACUGGACUUGGACUCAAAGAAAGUGUGUUUGGGCAGGCCGACGGAAAGUGCGGAGAGAUCUCUUGAAGACUGGCGAUGUGAUUUCCAAACCUGAAGGAGGCUGUGUUGACAUCGAGAGCAGAGUGACACAGAGCAUUGUGGAGAAAGAGGAGAAACUGCAAGAUUUGUUGGAAUUCAAAGUGGAUGCAGAAGUUGUCGGUGGGGACGAAAGCACCAAAGUUGUCCUCCAUUUUCACCCCAGCCAGGAUACUGCAGGCGUCUUUCAAGACUUCUUCCAUUUUCUGGAGUCCUUCCUGCCAAAGAUGGCAGAAACAAUUCUAGGGAGGGUUGGGUCAUAAUUUUUCUUUUGUUCGAAAUGUAAUUAGUUUGAAAUCUGCUUAAAAACUUUCAAACAGAGCUAUUUUUAGUGAAUUGUUUUGAGAACGUAACAAUAUAUUUUGCUUAUAGCUUGGUAUAAGAUAACUUUUAUUUUCUUAAUUGGGGUUUGUUUGAUUUUUUUUUUUCUCCCAUAGUUUUGGCAUGUUUGCCUCUAUAAUGUAAUGCAAACACUCACAUUAAAGUUUGAACCGGAAGUUUGAACUAUCAA